CGUUGAAUUCCUCCAUUGCUCCAUCCGCAUGGGCCAAACACUCUGCUCUCUCCUUAAUCACAUCCAGGUUCAUCCACCUUCCCUUCUUUAUCUACCUUUCUUUCUUUCUUUCUUCUAUUCAUCCUCUCAUUUCACACGCACAAUUUUCAUCUUUCACUCUCUCCCAAAUGCGUUCACUUUCUACACCAACACUCUUUUUAUCGUUCCUCUGUUUUCUCUCAUCCCCUGUUCCGCUGUUCCCCUGUUCUCUUUGGUCUUGUUCUUGUUCUUGUUGUACCAACCCAUAGCCUCAAUUCCCGUUAAAACACAAACUUUCCCCUUUCCUAUUUUUUCAUUUUCUCAUCUCGAGUUUAACCCAUGGAACCGGGUCUCUCUCUCGGGUUGAGCGCGUCGUCAACCGCGGCUCCUCUCAGCGACACCUCUGUGCCGUGGCGGUUCCGACACCUCAAAGAAGAAGAAGAGGAAGAAAACAACGGUGAGACUAUUAACUUCAUGGACCAGCGCGUGAAGAGGAAGAUAGAAGGACACCAACAACCCUGUUUCCCUUCGAAGCGUGUGGCGAUGGAUUCCUCGGUGGGAUGGUGGAACAAGCCACUGGAAGUGGCGGACCCCGAGAUUUUCGAAAUCAUGGAGAAAGAAAAGCGAAGACAGUUCAGGGGAAUAGAGUUGAUUGCUUCGGAGAACUUCGUUUGCAGGGCAGUGAUGGAAGCUUUAGGAAGCCAUUUAAGCAAUAAAUAUUCUGAGGGAAUGCCUGGGGCCAAGUACUACACAGGAAAUCAGUACAUUGAUGAGAUUGAGCUUCUCUGUUGUCAGCGUGCUUUGUUGGCCUUUGACCUUCACCCUAACAAUUGGGGUGUUAAUGUUCAACCUUAUUCUUGUACUUCUGCUAACUUUGCUGUGUACACUGGGAUUUUGCAUCCCGGGGAUAGGAUUAUGGGUAUGGAUUCAGCCUCUGGGGGACAUUUGAGUCAUGGUUAUUAUACACAAGGGGGUAAGAAGGUUUCUGCUGCUUCUAUUUUCUUCGAGACUUUGCCUUAUAAGGUUAAUCCUCAGAGUGGUUACAUAGACUACGAUAAGCUUGAGGAGAAAGCAAUGGAUUUUAGGCCUAAGAUACUUAUCUGCGGUGGGAGUUCGUACCCCAGGGAAUGGGAUUAUGCGAGGUUCAGGCAGGUUGCUGACAAAUGUGGGGCAGUGUUGAUGUGUGACAUGGCGCAUAUCAGUGGCCUUGUGGCAGCUAAGGAAGUGGUCAGUCCAUUUGAUUACUGUGAUAUUGUUACUUCUACUACUCACAAAAGUCUCCGAGGUCCAAGGGGAGGUAUCAUCUUUUAUAGAAGGGGGCCAAAACCGAGGAGGCAAGGUUUUGUGCUUAAUCAUGGAGACGAUAGUAAUUAUGAUUUUGAGGAGAAAAUAAACUUUGCUCUGUACCCAUCAUUACAAGGAGGCCCUCAUAAUAAUCAUAUUGCUGCUCUUGCCAUAGCUUUAAAACAAGUUGCAACUCCAGAGUACAAAGUGUACAUGCAGCAGGUGAAGAGAAAUGCGCAGGCAUUAGCAUCUGCCUUGUUGAGAAGAAAUUUCAGAUUGGUGACAGGUGGGACCGACAAUCAUCUUUUGCUAUGGGAUCUAACAGCACUUGGUUUAAUUGACAGAAACUAUGAAAAGGUCUGCGAGGCGUGUCACAUCACUCUCAAUAAAUGUGCCAUUUAUGGUUCCAUUUCUACUGGAGGAGUGAGAAUUGGUACUCCUGCAAUGACAUCAAGAGGCUGUUUGGAAGAAGAUUUUGAGACCAUAGCUGAUUUUCUUCUUAGGGCGGCUCACAUUACCAGCAUGGUGCAAAGGGAACAUGGGAAAUCAUGUAAAGAUUUUCUCAAGGGUCUUGAGAAUAAUAAAGAUAUUUCUGAGCUGAGAAAUCGGGUUGAGACAUUUAGUUCCCAGUUUGCAAUGCCAGGAUUCGAUUGAUUUGAAAUUGUAGACCUGGCAUCGGUAUGAAGCGUCUUGGCUUAUACCAUCUUUUUAAUUUUUUUUGCAUAGUGACCAUAGAUUUUUUUUCCCUAUUUAUUGUGUUUAUAAAAUUAGUUGUUAGUUUAUGUAAAUUAAGUAUGAAACUGGAAGACAUAUCCUCAUACCAUACUUCACAUUCACACCACUUCACAUCUGCCAACCUUGUUCUAGGUUGAUACCUCUUUGUUUGACAUGAAGAAACUUAUUAAAAGGAAAUUAUAUAAAGAAAUGUUAAUAUUCAUGAUGAA